AUGGAACUCACCGGCAACGAGGGCUAUCGCCUGCAGCCCCGAAUCAAUGUCCGGCGAGAUGCUUUACCCGCAGCCAGCCCACAGGUCGCCACAUCUACGGUUAAUGUUGUUUCCCGAAUGUUUGGUCGAUCAUCCGCUUCUAAAUGCGAGGAGAACCCCAACUUGAACACUUGCGAGAAGCCCGCUAGUGUCAGCACUCCCAUGAUCGUUGCGGUCGUAGUUGUCCCGGUUGUGCUUAUUGCCGGCCUACUCUUAUAUCUCCACCGCAAAAAUGUCCAGAGACAGAGAAUGGAGGAUGUCCAGGAUCCUCACAAGAGCUUGGACUUUGGUAUGGGCGACAAGAAAUCAAACCGCAAGAGCCUGUUCAUGGGAGGUGGUGAGAAGGGCUUGCAUCACAAACAGAGCCAGCUCUCCAUGGACAUGAACCUAUCUUCCCCCUACCUGUUGCCCCCGGGUCUUCAGCAGUCUCGCGAGUCGCUCCACUCCCUUGCUCGUUCGCUCGGCAACGACAACCAGGACCCGUACCAGCAGGUUACAAACUACACCAACAGCGAGACUGGCUCCAUGCGAUCCAUGCCUUAUAGCAAGGAGGGUUCCUCACUUUACACCAAGUCAAGCAAGCGCAUGUCCACCACCACAGGACGGUCUAUUCCCUCUCAGAGGAUGCCUCCUCGGACCAACUCUCUUCCCAAAUCACCCACAUCUCCUUCGGACGUCAAGAUUGACCCAUUUUCUCUUCCUUCCAUGCCUCAGCCUGCUCACAAGCUUCAAUCCCCCGUUGAGUCUGAGAAAGAUUCCUUCCAGCCCAAAGCUAUCAUCCCCGAGAUUGGCACCGUUUCCGACUUCGAAGACAAGCACGAUGUCCCUUUCAUUCAGCAGCCGCAGCCUGCUCGAUCCAAGAGCCCCCAGUUCGAGUUGCCCGCUCUUUCCGAAGCUAGCAGCAACAGCGGCACGCCCGUCGCCGAUGGAUUCCCCUUGCCUCCUCACCGCGGCCGCGAGUCCAAUGGUGCUGGCCUUGGCUUGAACUUCCACCUCCCCAAGGGUCCCGUUCCCGACGUCCCUCACUCUGCCCCUCUCCCGGCCUAUGACCAGCAGCCCGCCGACUCCAAAUUUGCCCCGUACCAACCUGAGAUCCAGACCACCGAGCACUACGACGAUUAUGAGGACUUUGACCGUGGUCGUUCGGCUCAGCGAGCCUCGUUCGUGGAGGACAUUCCCCCGCAGCAAGCGCAGGGCCUGGGAGUUCCUAACCAGGAUAACAAGCGAUUGUCAGUCGGAUUCCGCCCUCUGCCUCCGGAUGAGGUUACCGAGUCUGAGGACCCCGAGUACCGUGCCAACCGUAUCCGAUCCUUUUACAAGGAGUAUUUCGAGGAGAGCGGCGGCAAGGAGCCCCCGCCACCCAUGCCUGCUCCUCCUCGCGGACAGCAGUACUAUGAAGAUUACGACCAAGGCUACCUGGGCGAGGCCGCGGCUUACUUUGACCCCGAAACCAAUGCCUUCGUCAUGCCCUACGCGGAGCCUGUUACUCGUCGUGCCAUGACUCCUCCUCCGACCGGCCGCCAAUUCCGUCCUGGACCUGGAGGUCCUGGCCCCCGUGGACCUCGUCCCCACGGUCCUCAGGGCUCGAUUGGAGGCAUGAGCCUUCCCGGCGGUCCUCGAGGUCGUCCCCGUGCUGGAUCCGCUAUGGGUCCUCGUGCUGGUUCCGCCAUGGGUUCUCCUAGAUCCGCUAUGGGUUCUCGUGCUGGAUCUGCCUUCGGCCCCCGACCUGACUCCUCCGCCUCCGCGAGAAUGCGCCAACAGCCCAAGAAGAACCUCCCGCCACCGGCACCCCUGACGACACUUCCCACGCCCUCAAAGCUCAAAGAUGACUCGUUUGCCAUCAUGGGCGCCAUCGACUUUGCUCCUCCUGACCGUAUCAAGGAUACUGCCGCCGGCCGUUCCCAAAGCCCAUUCGGUGAGAGGCGCCCGUACUCUCCUCAGGUGCCCGCCGCCACUCCCGUCGUCUCGGCCUUUGAGGAGCUGGCCGCUCUCCCCAGCCCUCAUUUGCUCCGCAAGUCGAGUACGUUCACUGGUCUGGAUUUCGCACCUCCCAAGAAGUUCAAGGAUGCAGACACCAUGAGCGAUGCUGGAAGUAUCAGGAGUAACCGCAGCGGAAUCUCAGCGGCCCAGCUGGGAGCUAUCCGUGGUGGAGCUGGUCGUGUCAGCCGUCUUCCGGGAGAUACCGUCUUCACGCAAGCCUCGCUGGGAGACCAACUGAAGCCUCAAUGGGGUAUGCGCCAAUGA